AUGGCAAUCAAUAGUAAAAAUGUUACUCUACUAUUAAUAGUAAUAGGAGUAAUAUUAUCAUUGUGUGGAGGUAUAGCAGAAUCUAAAAAGAUUCAUAUCAAACACUCCAACUCCAUUAAUGGUUAUCCCAUCAUUGCCAACAAUAAUAAUAAUAAUAAUAAUAUGAAUCAUCAAAAUAAUAUGGCCAUUAUGGAUCAGGUCGAUCAAGAGGCCCCUCCCCCACCACCCAAUCAAUCUUGUUCCCAAUGUCUAAUGGGUUAUAUUUGUUUAAAUAAUACUUGUUCAAAUUGUUUUACAGACAGUCAAUGUCAAUCUCAAGUUUCAUCACAAAGUGUUUGUGCUGAAGGUAUAUGUGAACAUAAAUCAUUGUUCCACGAUCAUUUUACAUUUUUGGAUAUAGUCGGACUUUGUCUCCUCUUUAUCGGAUGUGCUCUAUCAUCGGGUGGAGGUGUUGGAGGUGGAGGUAUCUACAUUCCAAUCCUUAUUUUAGUUUCUAAAUUUAGUCCAAAAACUGCUAUUCCAUUAUCAAAUUGUUUAGUAGCAGGAUGUGCAAUGGCCAAUUUUAUUCAAAAUUUCCCAAGAAGACAUCCAUUUGCAAACAAGCAUUUGAUCGAUUACUCUGUCGUAUUGUUAAUUGAACCAUUGACAUUGGGUGGUACCACCUUUGGUGUCUAUCUACAUACCUUUUUACCACCAUUUGUUAUUUUAAUUCUUUUGGUUGUCACUCUUACCGCUACGGCCAUCACAACCUUCCGUAAAGGUUUAUCAAUCUACAAAAAGGAAAAUGAAACCAAGAGUUAUUCACAAAUUAAAAAUACCUCUAUCAAUUCAGAUGGAUCUGAAACUCAACAAUCCAAUCCAUUCAAAGACGCAGAAUGGGGAAAAAUAUCGGCAAUCGUUUUAGUACUUGCAUUGUCAACUGUAUUUUCCGUUUUAAAGGGUGGUGAUGGAGAAUAUUCAAUGGUUGGCAUUAAAUUGUGUAGUCCUACUUAUUGGACACUGUCAUUUGCCAUUUGGCCAGUCAUCAUUGUCACUUGGAUAUUGACAGCAUUGUACUUGUACCGUAGAUGGAAAAAGAAUCAAUUACAAGGAAUCAAGGUCGAAGGAGAUAUUAACUAUUCACCACAAACCAUCAUCCUCCUUGGAUUCCUUUCGGUGAUUGCCGGUAUUUUAGCUUCACUUUUAGGUAUUGGAGGUGGUAUGAUUAAAGGUCCAGUAUUAUUACAAAUGGGUCUUUCUCCAGAUAUUACUGCUGCUACUUCAAGUUUUAUGAUUUUAUUUACAAGUGCAUCAUCAGCAAUUCAAUAUGUUUUACUUGGAAAGUUAAGAUUGGAUUAUGGUUUAGUCUAUUACUUUACAGCUUUUAUUGCUUGUUUUGUUGGUACUCAAUCAUUAUUGUACGCGGUCAAGAAAUCCAACAGAAAGUCAUACUUUAUCUUUUUGAUUUGUUUGGUUAUUGUCAUCUCUACCAUCCUACUUUGUAUCACCGAAGUUAUCGAUCUUGAGAAAUAUAAAAAUCAACCAUUCAUUUCUGUUUGUACUCCAAAUGAUGCUCCUGCUUCCUAA